AUGAGCUUCAAGGUCUCGGCGCCAAAGACAUCACCUGACAGUUCAUUCGACACUCUUGUGAAGAAACUGCUCCGAUCUCUUGACAGUUCAUUCGACACUCUUGUCUUGAUGAUUUGUGAACGUUCUGAUUUCAAAUCCCUCGACUUUGCUGAUAUCAUGGAAAGAAUGAACACUCACGAGGAACAAGAAGAAGAGAAAAGAGAUCUCUAUGGCUCAAGUCAACGCAAAAAUCAUGCUGUCAAGGUUGUGGCUGAUUCUUCAUCCGAUGGAAAUGCCGAAGAAGAUUCAGAUGACCCAGAAAGGCUCAGCAAGGAUCUAUUAUUGAUCAUGAAAAGAUUCCAACGUCUUAGGAAGAUCCAGUUCCAUAAGAAAGGUUCAAGCAACUCUGGUGGUUCAAAAUCUUCAUCAAAACUUGUUGGAGAAUACACCUGCUUCAAGUGCAAAAAUCCUGGACAUUUCAUUUCGGACUACCCUCUCUCGGAAGCUGGAAUUCGUGCUAGUGGAAGAUAUGAUUCUGGCAACUAUCGAGGCAAAAGCAAGAGCAAGAACUACGACCCCGAUGAUGAGAAGAAAACAAAGAAUUUCUUCAAGAAGAAGGAUAGCUCCACCUCAAAAUCUUUGUCAGGAUCUUCAUCAAGGAACCCUUCCAAGUCCUCCUCCAACCGCAAGAAUAACUCUCGCAAGGGCAAGGCGUACAUCGGCAAGGAAAUGGAUUCUGAUCAACAAGAAUCGUCAGACUCUGAAGAAGCUGAUGAAUCCGAUGAGGAUUCCGACUCUAGAAUGGCUGGCAUAGCAUAUACUUCGUCCCCUAUGACAAACUUCUUCGGGAAUCCGUCAAGAGACGAUGAAACUCCUGCCUACUGCUUCAUGGCCAAGGCCUCAAAAGAAAAGGUAUCCUCCAAACAUCACAAGGUUCACUCCAAUGAUCAAUAUUCUUCUGAUGAGGAUGACCAUGCUAAGUUGAUCAAAAUUGCUAAUAUUCAACAAAACUCUCUUGGAAAAAUUGAGAAAACCCUCAGGAAGUUUGAAGGGUUGUUGGUUGAGGAGAUGGAGAAAAAUUAG